UAUGUCCCUCCCUUUUAUAGGUCAUUCAUAAAGCAGCCAGAAAAAGAGGAAGCGUACGAGAGACGAACCGAGUCUGAACUCCCGUUUUAGUUUUCAGCUGGUUACUGAACAACAAUGGCGACCACUAAAGAGGAUCUGUGGAAGACCCUGGAGAACCUGACAGGUGACCAAUUCAAACAUUUCAAGUGGCUGCUUCAGAAUGAUGGGAAUGACCUCCCAGCCAUCCCGGCGUACCGGCUCGAGAAGGCGGACCGGCCGGACACGGUGGACCUGAUGGUCCAAAAGCACGGCGAGGCCGAGGCGGUGAGGAGAUCGGUGGAGCUUUUAGAGAAGAUCGGGAGGAAUGAUCUGGCACAAAGUCUGUCAAACACAAGACCGGUACAAAGAGGGGAGUUUGAAAAUGGCCUGACUGCUGUUCCUUCCCAAUGUGAAAGUGAAAGACAGAAGUCCAAAAUGAGGGAAAUGAAGUUCAAAAUUAGGCUGAAAAUAAAAGAGAGAGAGAUGAAGAUCUGUGAGAUCCAGCGCUCAGCAGAGCUGAGCAGGAAGUCUGCCGAGCGACAGACCGCAGAGAGUCUGCAGACUUUCAGAGUUUUAAUCCAGUCGGUCGAGGAAAGUCUGUCCUGUCUCACCAAAGCCGUCGAGGAGAAGCAGAAGACUUUCCAAAAGCAAGCAGAGCGGCUCAUCAGAGAGCUUGUGGAGGAAAUCUCAGAGCUGACGAAGAGCGAGGCGGAGCUGGAUCAUCUUCUCCUUACGGAAGCCAACCUGCAGUUCCUCCAGGAUGUGAAAACCUCCGACCUCACAGAGUUCUCCGUUCAUCAGCCGUCCUACGGCAAAACCGUCAUGGCCUCCGUGGACAAGCUGAAGGAAAUGCUUGAUGGAGAGAUGAAGAGGUUCCUCAGCAAGGCCAAGCUGAUCCGAAUGCAGCAGUUUGCGGUUGAUGUGACUCUGGAUCCGGACACGGCGCAUCCCAACCUGGUUUUAUCUCCAGACAGGAAGCAGGUCCACUGUGGUGGCGUGAAGCAGAAUCUCCCCAAUAACCCGGAGCGGUUCAACACCACGGCCAACGUUUUGGGCAGGCAGAGUUUCUCCUCUGGGAGAGUUUACUUCGAGGUUGAGGUGAGAGGAAAAAUGGCCUGGGACGUCGGAGUCGUCUACGGGUCGAUUGGCAGGAAGGGGUCGAUCUCGUCGAGCCCCAGCAGCGGCCGCUGGGCCAUCGGAUUACGAAGCGGAGGUACGAUCAAGGCGGCUGGUUUGAGCCUGGAUGUAAAACCUCCAUUGAACAAAGUCGGUGUUUUUGUGGAUUACAAGGAGGGCUCCAUCAUUUUCUACAACGUUGAUUCUGCAGAACUGAUCCACCAAUACUCAGACUGCUCUUUCACCGAGGAACUUUAUCCGUUCUUCAGUCCUGGCGUUUAUCAGGGCGGCUUGAACUCCACACCUCUGGUCAUCUGCCAAAGUCACUGCCAUCCAACUCCAUGGAAAUAAAGCAAUUCAACUGUG